AAAGACGCAGGCAAGAGCUUGGCAGACACUACAGAGCUAUGAAAAGGUUUGGGCAAGGGUAUUCUGGAUUAAUGUAAGAUUAAGAAUGUGAAGACUGCUCCAAAGAAGAAAUCAGAGAUCAGCAUUUCAACGCUUUGGAAAUUCUAAAGGAUUGGUUGGAAGCACUCACUUCCCCCUCAUGGAGAAGCUGGAGAACAUUCACCCAAACAGGCAAGUAAUCGCUUUUAUUUUUAUGAUGGUACUGGUUCAGGUUUGCAGUGAGCCAACAACUCGGUACUCUAUCUGGGAGGAAUCAGAGAGUGGCUCCUUUGUAGCCCAUCUGGCCAAGGAUCUGGGCCUGGGAUCUGGGGAGCUGGCUGCCAGGUCUGCACGGGUGGUGUCUGAUGAUUACAAGCAGAGAUUGCUGCUGGAUUCUGAGACUGGGGAUUUGCUUCUGAGGGAGAAAGUAGACCGGGAAGAGCUGUGUGGCUCUGUGGAUCCCUGUGUGCUGACUUUCCAGCUAUCUCUUGAAAAGCCAGUGCAAUAUUUUCAAGGAGAAUUAUUGAUCCAGGACAUAAAUGAUCAUGCUCCAGAAUUCCCAGAAGGGGAAAUGCUAUUGAAUAUACCAGAAAACAGCCUGCCGGGCACUCUGUUACCACUGAAUUUAGCCCAGGACUUGGAUGUGGGCAGCAAUGGGCUUCAACAAUACACAGUCAGCCCCAACUCUCAUUUUCAUGUCCUCACUCGAAAUAACAGUGAAGGCAAGAAAUACCCAGAGUUGGUGCAGGACAGAGCCCUGGACAGAGAGGAGCAGGCAGAGCUGAGCUUAACCCUCACAGCUCUGGAUGGUGGGUCUCCACCGAGGUCGGGAACAGCCCUGGUUCGAAUCCUGAUCGUGGACAUCAAUGACAAUGCUCCUGAGUUUGUGAACAGCCCCUAUGAGGUGCAGGUCCUAGAGAGCAGUCCCCCCGACUCCCCAGUCCUGACUGUCUUAGCACGGGAUGCAGAUGCUGGCAACUAUGGGAGCGUUUCCUAUGGUUUGUUCCAAGCAUCAGAUGAAAUCCAAAAAACUUUCUCAAUAAACAAAGUCACAGGAGAAAUUAGACUGAAAAAGGAAUUGGAUUUUGAAAAAAUUAAAUCUUACCAUGUGAAAAUUGAGGCCACGGAUGGAGGAGGCCUUUCUGGGAAGGGCUCUGUGGUGGUCGAGGUGUUGGAUGUGAAUGACAACGCCCCUGAGCUGACCAUGUCUUCACUGACCAGCUCGGUCCCAGAAAAUGCUCCUGAGACUGUAAUCAGCAUCUUCAGAGUUGGAGACAGAGAUUCCGGAGAGAACGGAAAGGUGGUUUGUUCUAUUCCAGAAAGCCUGCCCUUCACUCUAAAAUCCACUUUCAAGAAUUUCUACACUCUGGUGACAGACAGCCCUCUGGACAGAGAGAGCAGAGCUGAGUACAACAUCACCAUCACAGUCUCCGACCUGGGCACACCCAGGCUCACAACCCAGCACACCAUAACAGUGCAGGUGUCUGACGUCAACGACAAUGCCCCUGCCUUCACCCAAACUUCCUACACCCUGUUCAUCCUGGAGAGCAACAGCCCCGCCCUGCACAUCGGCACCAUCAGCGCAACAGACUCAGACUCUGGCUCCAAUGCCCACAUCACCUACUCGCUGCUGCCGCCCCAAGAUCCACAGUUGGCCCUCACCUCAUUAAUCUCCAUUAACCCCGACAAUGGGCAGCUGUUCGCGCUCAGGGCUCUAGACUAUGAAGCCCUGCAGUCCUUCGAGUUCCGCGUGAGCGCCACAGACCAAGGCUCACCCACGCUCAGCAGCCAGGCUUUGGUGCACGUGCUUGUGCUGGACGACAAUGACAAUGCACCCUUCGUGCUCUACCCACUUCAGAACGCCUCUGUGCCCUGCACUGAGCUGCUUCCCAGGGCGGCAGAGCCAGGCUACCUGGUCACCAAGGUGGUGGCUGUGGACCGCGACUCUGGCCAGAAUGCCUGGCUGUCCUUCCAGCUGCUCAAGGCCACGGAGCCCGGCCUGUUCAGUGUGUGGGCGCACAAUGGCGAAGUGCGCACCACCAGGCUGCUGAGCGAGCGCGAUGUGCCCAAGCACAGGCUGCUGCUGCUGGUCAAGGACAAUGGUGAUCCUCCGCGCUCUGCCAGCGUUAUGCUCCAGGUGCUGCUGGUGGAUGGCUUUUCCCAGCCCUACUUGCCUCUGCCAGAGGUGGCGCCUGACCCCACACAGGAAGUUGAGGAUGCGCUCACUGUGUACCUGGUUAUUGCCUUGGCAUCUGUGUCUUCUCUCUUCCUCUUGUCUGUGGUGCUCUUCGUGGGGGUAAAGCUGUGCAGGAGGGCCAGGACAGCCUCUCCGGGUGGCUGCUCUGUGCCCGAGGAACUCUUUCCUGGCCACAUGGUGGAUGUCAGUGGCACAGGGACCUUGUCCCACAACUACCAAUAUGAGGUGUGUCUUACUGGGGAUUCUGGGACUGGUGAGUUCAAAUUCCUCAAACCCAUGAUCCCCAACCUGUUGGUUCAGGACGCUGGGAGAGAACUUAAGGAAAAUCUUCACUGCAGAGACAGCUUUGUAAUCAGUUAAGUCAGAGGUUCUCAACCUGUGGUUUACAACCUUGUGGGGGUCGAAGGACACUCACUGUGGUCGUCUAUGACCCUCAGAAAAUUCUUAUGAUACACAGUAGCAAAAUUACACAUAUGAAGUAGCAACGAAAGUAAUUUCAUGGUUGGGAGUCACCACAACACUAUGAGCUGUCUUAAAGCAUUCCAACAUUUAGGAAGGUUGAGAACCAGUGAGUUAAGUGAUGUGAUUUCCUAAGUGUUGUACAAUUCUUUUCUUAAGAAAUGAUCUUGGUUCUAUGAAGUUCUCCACUAGUCUAAUCUACUUAUACCAUUAAUAGUGCUCACUGUUUCUUUUUUAUUGUUAUGAAAGUUCUAGCUUUUAAGUGUACUAAGCAUAGUUCAUAAAUUUUCUCCACAUAUGAAUAACUUUGGUGAUUAGUACUCUGGGAAGCAUAAACAAAUAAGCAUGAAAUUCUUAGUGAUCUUUUAAGACAUUUCUCUUAUCUCAAAAAAAAAAAACCAAAAAACAAAAAAAAAACAAAAAACAAAAAAAAAACCAAACCGCUUUUUGCAUGUAUUUGUGACACCAACCAUUGCCAGGCAAUUUCCUCCUUUCAAAGGUAGAGUGUUUAAAAUUACUUAUGUUGCCUGAAUCUUUCUGCAUGAAUAGAAAGCAGCACUAUGUCAUGUUCACUGCCAUUUUAAGCAUCCUGAUUAGCCAAGUCAUAAACUUUAAGGUGUAUAUGAAUGCACACGAAGGUUAGGCACUUUUGUCUGUGAGCAUCGUGCAUGGUAGUGGUCCUAUGUACUUGGUUGGGCAUGUUCUGGAUGUACUAAGGUUAAGGUUUUGGAUUUUUGUUGGACAAAAAUUAAAGAGAACAUGUGUAG